GAAUUCGAUUAGGAAAAUGGAAUUGGGCAAUCCAAAUUAAUAUUCCCGUGGGAUUAUCUCAAAGCAGGCCCUAAUGUCAAGGCCUGGAUUUAGCCUAGCUUGAUCAUUCCUCAGAGUGCUCGUGUAUAUAUAGAGGAGUUGGCAAACCAUAUUAUUUAACGAGUAUUGGUUGCUUCUGGUGCAACCAUUACAUGUUCAGAUGAACAAGCUCUAGAAGAAACCAACGCUCCUUCAACAAUAAUCUCAUUUUUCAUAUCUAUAAUCUCGAAUCCAUGGGCAAACCAGAGGCAAGGAUCCAUCUCAGCAACAAAUUUUCUUGGGCAAAGGCGACCAACUCCAACAAAUCAGUCAUUAUCAGCGUAUAUGUAGAAUCACCGAGAAAAUGUUCCCAUCAUAAAACUGGUGAUCAUCUCACAAACAAAGCUAAACGGAACCCAUUAUUCAGAAGGCCUCAAGGCGCCGAAACAAAGUGUUACGAUCGCCGGGCUGAGCUUCUAGCCUACGUUCGCCAGCUCAGAGAUGGCGGUGCUCGUCAUUCUCGAAGGGACUCGCUGAGGCUCAAGUUUGAGGAAAAGAAAUCGAAAUUGUCAAGCGCACCGGUGAGGAUCGAAACGUCGAUGCGGAGGAUUUUCCGACGAAAUGAAAGACAAGAUAGAACAAACUGAAGCGAAUGUUCAAGGGAUUAUCAUGUGGGUUGACGUGCAGCGAAAGGUGACAUUGAUAGAUUUUUGGCUGGUUAAUCAUGUCGAUGGGAUUAAAUUCAAUUAUGUAAUUAAUAUUAUAUUUAUUCGAACGUGAUUUCAUGAAGAUGGAGUUUAAUC